UCAUAUUUUUACUUCCAAAGUAGAAGGCUGAUAUUUUGCUUUGUUGAUGAAAGUUUUUACUCUCAAGUGUCCUUUCUUCUCUAAUAUUCUUUGAGCCAGGGUCUCUAAAGUAGUUGUUUAUAGAAACAGGUAAACAGCCCAAACAUCUAUAGGGAAAAAGUCCUAAAAGAGUUCCCAACUGAGAAAUGUUGCUGAAGGGUAAGGGGUGGUGGGGAGUGGUGUUUGGCCCUCAAGCUCAAGUGUGAUUCCUUCAUUUGUGAAUUGCUUGAAUGCAAAAAAUGGAUGUGUCUACACUUGUUUCAUUUAUUCAGCACACUAUUCUUAUUCAAACUGUGUCCUAUCUGCAUAGUACCACAGAAUCGAACAGGUGACUCUGAAUUCUUCCUCCUGGGACUGUCAGAUGAUCCAGAGCUGCAGCCUCUUCUGUUUGGCCUGUUCCUGGCCUUGUACCUGGUGACCAUGCUGGGGAAUCUGCUCAUCAUCAUGUCCAUCACCUCUGACUCCCACCUCCACACACCUAUGUACUUCUUCCUUUCCAAUCUGUCCCUGGCUGACAUUAGUUUCAGCAGCACUACAGUCCCCAAGAUGCUGGUGAACCUCCAGACAUACAGCAAGUCCAUCACCUAUGCAGACUGCCUAACUCAGGUCACGUUUUUUUCUUUAUUUGCAAGUUUGGAGAGUCUACUUCUGGCCGUGAUGGCUUAUGACCGGUUGGUGGCCAUUUGUCAGCCUCUACACUACCUGGUCAUCAUGAAUCCCCGCUUCUGUGGCUUGUGUGUCCUGCUGUCAUUUUUCAUCAGCCUUUUGGUCUCCCAGCUGCACUACUUGAUGGUGUCACAACUCACCUUCUGUGCAGAUGUGGAAAUUCCUCAUUUCUUUUGUGAUGCUUCUCAACUCCUCAACCUUGCCUGUUCUGACACCUCCAUUAAUAACAUAUUGAUCUAUUUUUUGGGUGCUAUCAUUGGUGGUGUUCCACUCUCAGGGAUCCUUUUCUCUUACACUCGAAUUGUUUCCUCCAUUCUGAGAGUCCCAUCAUCAGGGGGGAAGUAUAAGGCCUUCUCCACCUGUGGCUCUCACCUGUCAGUGGUUUGUUUAUUUUAUGGAACAGGCCUUGGGGUGUACCUCAGUUCCACUGUGUCAUCUUCCCUGAGGAAGGGUGCAGUGGCCUCAGUGAUGUACACUGUGGUCACCCCCAUGGUGAACCCCUUCAUCUACAGCCUGAGGAACAGGGACAUCAAGAGUGCUCUGUGGAGGGUGGUCAGAAGAAUAGCCUAGUUUUAUACCUAUGGAUAUUUUUUGGCUCGUAGAGUGGAAAUAAUAGCAAAAUCAAACAUGUAUAACAAGAAAUUCUGAACCUGGAGGCUCAUGGUGUAUUUGUACCCAUAUGGAUCUGGUCUCUGUCUACACAUUUUUUCCUCUUAGCAUAGCUGUAAUGGAUUCAGAGGUCGUUUAGACUCUGUACUUCAGUGAGAGUCCCUCCAGGUUUAUGAACAGCCCAUCAGUAUACCCCUCUCACUUCCCUGUGCAUUACCCAGGACUCUUGGUCCUGAGCUGUCUUGAUUGUAUAUUUACAAAACAUCACAGCUUUCUCCUGUUUGGUAUUUAUUCUUUCUACAGUUUCCCCAUGAUUCUUCUCCAUUUUUGCAUAUUUUUGCUCCUUCAUGAUUGUGGCUGGAUGCUUGAGAAGAUAGAGUAUUUAUUUUCUUUUCAAAUCCAAGAU